AUGGAGCACCGCACCGACGAAACCGACGUGCCGGGCACCGUAUCUCUGGAAGAUUUAAACAAUGUCUCGGACAAGGUCGUCCUGCACCCGGUGCCGACGACGGACCCCAACGACCCGCUCAACUGGUCCUCUCUCCGAAAGACGGUCAACUACGGGCUGGUCCAGAUCUACGUCCUGUUCACCUUUGUCCAGCUCGACAUUGGCUUCACCGCGUGGAACCAGUACCAGGAGGAGCUGGGCCUGAGCGUCGGCACGCUCAACGGCGCCACGGCCCUCAACUACGCCGGCCUCGCCGUCGGCAGCUUCAUCUUUAUCCCGCUCAUGCAUAAGUACGGCCGGCGCCCGCUGUAUAUUGUCAGCACGAUGCUGCAGCUCGCGUCGUGCGUGUGGUUUGCCCGCGCAAAUACACAGGCGGACAUGUGGCUGGCCAACCUGGUCUCGGGACUUGGCGGCGCCGUCUGCGAGACCGUGGUGCAGGUCACCAUCUGCGACAUCUUCUUCAUCCACCAGCACGCCGUUAUGAAUGCUGUGUAUUUGCUGUUUACCAGCGUGGGCGCCUUUCUCGGCCCCGUCGCGGCAGGGUACAUCGUGGACAGCCAGGGGUGGCGGUGGAUGUGGUGGUGGUGCGUCAUCUUCUUCGGCGUCAACCUCUUGCUUGUGGUGUUCUUCUUCGAGGAGUCCAAGUACGUCGGCGCCAUUCAGGGGCAGCCCGUGGCGGACACGGCGUCUAUACAGGACGCGGUCAAGACGGACAUGGACAGCCGGCACGUCGAGGAGAAGGCGUACAAGUCUGAUUUCCGCAUCAGCGAGGACGACGUCCAGCGGACCGAGUCCCGGAGCUACAUUGACGGCGGUAUCCCGAUGAAGUCGUACCGCGAGCGCAUGAGGCUGGUGACGCGCACUGACGAGUCGAUCCUCCGGCACAUGCACGAGCCGUUUCCUGUCCUGUUUACCUUUCCGGCGGUGGCGUUUACGGCCAUUACGUACGGCAGCAUGCUGGCCGUGUUUGCCAUUCUGGUGUCGGUGCAGGCCAUCUACCUCUUUAGCCCGCCGUACAACUUCUCGGCCGCCGGGGUCGGGCUCAUGAACAUCGCCCCGUUUGUGGGCACGAUCCCCGGCGUCUUCAUCGGCGGCACCCUCAACGACAAGUCGAUUCUUUGGCUCUCAAGGAGGAACGGCGGCGUGUACGAGCCGGAGAUGAGGCUCUGGCUGGCCCUGCCCUGCGCGAUUGCCGGGCCGGCCGGCGUUCUCUUGCUGGGCGUGGGAUUGGCAAAUGGCGUCGCGUGGCCGCUGCUCGCGGUUGGGUUUGGUCUUUUUGGCUUCACCCUGACUGUUGCUGGCAGUAUUGCCUUGUCCUACGCCAUGGACUGCUAUCACGACAUUGUCGGCAGCUCCAUGAUAGGCAUCAUAUUCACCCGAAACGUGCUGUCUGUCGUGGUCCUGUUCGCGCUCACCCCCUGGAUUGAAAGCAUGGGCCUGCAAAACGUUCACAUCUUGGUCGCCGGCAUCUUGGGUCUGAUUCUCCUUAUACCGGUGCUUCUUCUGAAAUGGGGCAAGAAGGCGAGAGCGCGGUCUGCCAAAGCUUAUCGAGCCAUGGCAGCACGUCAGUCAACGAGCAGGGAGCUGUAA